CAAUCGAAAUUGAUGCGCGUGACCUCCAAUUGCAAACCGUGUUAAUUUGGCGCGGCGUCUUUGCUCUCUGUGUCGCUGUGUCUCUUGCCCUUCUCUCUCCUGCUCCUUCUCCUUGUCUCCGAUGGAGGAGGCUCGCAUCGAUCGCAUAUUCUGGAGCUGAGAGAGUCGAGCGCUUCUUGUUGCAGCGGUUCUCGCUUUUGUCUGCCGUUUGGAUACGAGACCAGCUUUGGCGUUAGCUCUCUCGCUAUCUCUCUCUACCCAAUUCCUCGACGACAGGCACAAGGGGAGAGCAAGGCAAGGCAAGGGCAGGGCAGGGCUGCAGGGGACGACAAGGUUGGAGAGAGCACGCGUUUUGCGAGGGAGAUAGGGACGAAGUAAGGCAGGAAGGAAGGAAGGAAGGAAGGGUGAGAGCGAGGGGUUCAGUGGGUUGGCCGGACUUCUGAGCCCACCUUCUCUGCGAGGGAGGUUUCCUGCAGGCGCGAGAUCUGGAGAUCCAGAUUCGAGGUAGAGACUUUGAUUUUUGCUGGCAAUUAGUGUCUUGAUUGGCUCGUCCGUGGGGUUGGUUCCGCGAGGUUUUCCUCGGUGCAGUUUGGGGAGUCUUGCGGAUUCGGUGAUGAGUAGAGUGGACAGGGGCAACGGUGUGAAGGUUGUGGCGAGGUUGCUGGAUUUCUGAUGGUGGUGAGAAGAUCGGAAUAGAGGAUUAGUUUGAAGCAGGCAGAGAUCGGGCCGGGCGGAUCGUUAGAUGAGCGCUUGGAAGGACGUUUGAAUCUCCUGUCGGAUCGAUCGGCUGUUAGAUCGAGUUGCCGCGGUAGGCAGUUCUUUUUGACUGAGGAAGUAACGAGGGGCACUUUUGCAGGGUAAUACAAGAAUGGGGGACUUGGAGUCGCAGGGCAACGAGUUUGAGCAGAAAGCGGAGAAGAAGCUGAAAGGAUGGGGUAUUUUUGGGAGCAAAUAUGACGACGCGGCCGAGCUUCUGGAAAAAGCGGGAAACUCCUACAAACUUGCCAAAGCUUGGGAUAAAGCUGCUGCGGUCUACAUUAAACUUGCGAAUUGUCAUGCCAAGCUUGAGAGCAAACAUGAAGCAGCGACUGCAUUCGUCGAUGCUGCCAACUGUUACAAGAAAACUCAGCCACAAGAAGCAAUUAAAGCUUUGAACACUGGAGUUGCUCUGUAUAUGGAGAUUGGACGUUUGUCUAUGGCUGCGAAAUAUCUGAAGGACAUUGGAGAUAUCUACGGGAAAGAAGAGGAUGCCCAAAAAGCCAUGGAUUACUACGAGAAAGCGGCUGAUCUGUACUCUGGUGAAGAGGCCAAUAGCACCGGCAAUCAAUGCCGGCUCAAGGUGGCCGAGUACGCUGCCGAACUGGAACAAUACCCAAAGGCUAUAGAAAUAUACGAGGUGGUUGCUAGGCAGUCCUUGGAUAGCAAUCUUCUCAAGUACAGCGUAAAGGGUUAUCUUCUGAAUGCAGGCCUAUGCCACUUAUGUGGCAGUGACAUCGUUGCUAUACACAAUGCUUUGGAGAAAUAUCAGGAUUUGGAUCCAACUUUCAGCAAUACACGGGAGUGCAAGUUUCUAGCAGACUUGGCAGCCGCAAUAGAUGAGGAGGAUGUUGGAAAAUUCACUGACGUUGUAAAGGAGUUCGACAGUAUGUCUCGCCUAGACCAAUGGAAAACGAUGCUUCUUUUGCGGGCCAAGAAUGCCCUGAAGGCCAAGGAAAUGGAGGAGGAUGAGCUGACAUAAUGGAGAUUGGCGCAAGGCGGUCGAGAUUAUAUCUCACUCUCCAUCUUUGUUAUUGGCUGGGUUUGGCUGUUCCCUUUGGUUAGAGACGAACAACCAUUGAGACAUGUAAUUGUUGUGCUAGACAUUGUUAUUCAUAGUGUGGAGGAGUAGGUGUCAUGUUCCCUUCCUGCUUUUGGCUCGAAUGGAAGAGCUUAGUGUGUUUGUAAAUCCAUAAAUUAUCACAACUUCCUUUCUUGAUGGAAUGUGUAGCUCCUUACUGCAAUUUUUAAUCCCACCAAGUCCUCUCUUUGGUGGCAUGGCGAAUCCUCUUCUAGGAGCUCUGGGUGGAUGGAGGUUCUUAACGUUUUGUAGGUCAAUGUGUGCUAGUUCUUGUCUAUUUUGACAGCAUCCUGGACCUCUUUCUCUCAUCUUAGUGAUGAACAAUAGGAGGAUGGUAACCUAUCCCGUGUAUCAACAGCGAUGAUGUGCAGUAAAGUAAAAUAUAUAGGAAUCCAUUGUUUGAUCAUUCCCUAGCCGUGCCACGUAACUUCAGUUUGUGGGGCAGUUGAAGUGCAAAAUAGAAUAAUUUUGCAAGCUGGAUCCUGCUUUCAUGAAGUUGGGAUUCUUAGAUGAGAAAGAACGUGUCGUACUCUUCUAAGUAUUAAACCCACAGUACGAAAGAAUGGACUCUAGUUAAGGUUGGACACCAACCGUCCUUCACAGCAAGAGAGUCAAGAGCACGCAAAGCUGCUGCACGCCUUCCGUAACGCUUCUGAUUAUUUGUAAUACCGCGAAGAAUAUAUAAGUAUGUCAGU